CCCUCAUUAGCACUCUUCACACGUGUUUCAAGAUGGCUGGCCCGGAGGAUAAUCAGACGGAAGGCGUGGAAGUUGAGGAGGAAAACAAAGCCCUGAAGACGAAAAAACAUGACUCAGGGGCAGCAGACUUGGAGAAAGUCACAGACUAUGUCGAGGAAACGGAGAUAUCUGCGCAAAGUAUUGGAGACGCAAUGAAGGCUGUGAGUGACAGAAAAGCAAAGGAACGAGCAGAAAGACAGGAGCGAGAAAGGGAACUGGCCAAGGUGAAGAUCAACAAGGAAGAUGUAGACAUUAUAGUAAAUGAAAUGGAGAUAUCCGCUGCCCAGGCUGAAAGGAAGCUUCGAGAAUUCAAGGGGGACUUGGUGUCGGCUUUAGUGGAACUGACAAACUGACCAUAUUUGAUAAACUAUCUAUGUGACUAUUACAACAAGGAGAAAGCAAAGAGAACCAUUGCCUCCCACAGACUAGGCCUGAAUCAGUGAAGAGUUUGUUGCAUCACCGUUACCAUGGAGAUAAAACCAGUGACCAAGAAAAAAAGACAGUUCUGCCACAGUGGCUGAACUUCAUCAGAAUAUGAACAAACAUUUCUCCUGAACAAAAGACUCAUUUGUCUCGAUUCAAAGUUUAUUCUAAUUAGAUCCUGUGAGACUACAGGGUAGGGUCUUUACUCUGGAAGAGUUGUUGGUACCUGUAUCUGUCCGUCAACCUGAAACAAUGUUAAUGUAAAUUUUUUUGAUAUUUCUGGUUGAUAAAGAAAAAUAACUUACUAUACAGCAUUUAGCUGCUAUUCAAAAUAUAAUUUGUUUUUAAAAGUUACCCGUGGAAGUUAUUUACGAUGAAGCUAUUAAAAUAGUUUCAAUGCUUAUAAAAGAAUUUUUGAACAGGGAUUUUCAGGUUACACAGUUUAUAGGAAAUUACAGUUUCAAAUAUUUGUUUUAUUUAUUUCCGUUUUCACAUUUUGAAACAUUAUCAGUAUUUAUUGAUAAUGUUUGAUACAUCAACAAUAAAUCUUAUUUUGUAUUAAA